CUGGCGGAGCUGUGGUCCGGCUGGUGGCGGUGCGGGCGACGGGUCCGGGGGGCAUGUUCCUGCAGUGAGUUUGCUUCAGCAAACCUUUUGAUGCCUGACCUUCCUAUCCGGAUUAUACUCAAAGUCUUGUUUAGAAAAUGGGUCCCACGGGUCGCCUUGUGACCAUCAAAAGGAGUGGGGUGGACGGGCCCCACUUCCCACUGAGCCUCAGCACCUGCUUGUUUGGAAGGGGUAUUGAAUGUGACAUUCGAAUCCAGCUCCCUGUGGUGUCAAAGCAGCAUUGCAAAAUUGAAGUCAGUGGGCAGGAGGCGAUACUGUUUAAUUUCAGUUCCACCAAUCCGACCCAAGUGAACGGGUCCGUCCUUGCGGAGCCCGUACACCUUAAGCACGGCGAUGUGAUCACCAUUGUCGAUCGAUCUUUCAGGUAUGAAAACGAAAGUCAGCAGAAUGGAAGCCAGCCAACGGAAUGCCCGGGACAAACACGCAAACAGGAUUCUCUGCAUCAGGUCUCAAGGUCUAGCUUCUCUUCUGACCCCGAUGGGAAAGUUCAAGAUUCCAAUGCCCAUUCAAAACUCUGUGAAGAAAAUGUUUCCGGAAGUCCGCUGGUACACGUGAAGAAUGGCAAAGCAGCCUCCUCAGAUGGUCCCAAAGAUCACGCUGCUAGAAAAUCCCUUAAUGCUGUCCAUUCCUCAGAACUUCCUGGAGAGAACUUCAGAAAUGCAAUGGAUCCUACAGCCGGGGAUUUUAAGGAAGAUUCCAGCGUUGUCUUAGUGAGCUGUCAUGGAGAACUGAAGACUUUCCCCUCUACGUGGUGUCCUGAGAAUAGUGAAAACCAGGAGUCUCCAUUUAGGGAGCUUUACGAGUCAAUGAAGGAAGAGUUUGACAUGAAAUCAGGAAAAGGGAAUGUUCCACAGAGUGGGAAAAAGUCGGGGUCGCGGAGUCAUCGUGCAUCAGAGAAUGAAUGUUCCGGUGAGCUACAAGACGGGACACAAGUCCUGGUCUCACUUAAAUCCAGACCCAGGUCGGGUCGAUUCACCCCAGUGAAGGCAGACCCUGCUUUGGGAGAACAAGGAAUUAGCCAGACAGAGGACAGGAGAAAGGAUGAGGAGGCCCUUCAGACUCCCAAGGAGACCACGGGUCCCAGCAUCCCUCCUAAGGAGAUGACAAGAGCCAAGACCCUGGUCCAUCAUUCUCCUCACAAUUCCUCACGAAAACGUCGGAGUGAAGACCUGCGUGUUCCCAGCGGAAGUGAACCCGUGAAUCUGGCUCAAAGGGAAAGCUUCGGGACCGAUAACAAGACAUUCACUCCUCGGAAGUUCUUAGCCAGAAAUCCAACACCCACUAAAGUUGAAAACGCUGUUAAUUUUGGAGCAACACCAGAAAAACUCUCCUCCAAGAAGAGGGCGAGUGUUCCCUCCAGUGUGGACGUUCUUGCCACAGAACCAGAAACUCAGACUCACGCUGUUUUAGCUCCACUGCCCGUUCAGGUUGAAAGGAAGAUCCAGAGCAUUUCCGUGCACCAGCCUGAGAGAGUGGGCGCCACCGCCGGGCCUUCGAGCUCUGGGUUCCCGGGCCGUAGUUCAGUUGAUAGCAGCAGCUCUGGUGACUCCAUUAAUAAUGAGGGAACGUCCCUGAAAAGAAGGCGGGUCUCCUUCGGUGGUCGUCUGAAGCCGGAGUUAUUUGAUGAGAACUUACCUCCUAAUACACCUCUUAAGAGAGGAGAGACCCCGAGAAGGUCUCUCGUCAGCCACACUUCAGCUGUCUUGAAGAAAAUCAUCAAGGAAUACCCUCAACCAUCAAGAAAAGAAGAUUCUUCAGAAAUCCGUUUGGAAGUUUGUGCACAAGACCAGCGUAAGGGAUCUGCAGCUCAGAAUCUGACGAGAACUUCUCCAGUGGCAAAUGAGGCCCGCCGUAGGUCGAGGAAGGUGCCCUCGGUCUCCAGGGGCAGCGCAUCUCCUCAUCCCACAGACGCUCCCAAGAGGGGAGGCAGGAAGAGUGGCACCUUGCCUUCGAAGAGAGCUUCCAUCGACCGGAGCCAACACGAGAUCUUGCAGAGGAUCUAUUCCAGAAGAAGGAGCGGCGCUUCUGAAGCCAAUUUAAUCGUGGCAAAAUCGUGGGCAGACGUCGUAAAACUCGGAGCCAAACAAACACAAGCUAAAGUGGUUAAACAUGGCCCCCAGAGGCAGCCCAGCAAAAGGCACAAGAGAACGACCACUCCAAAGAAGCCUGUUAGCGAUAUUCACAGCCAAUUCAGCACAGGCCAUGCCAACUCUCCUUGUACCAUAAUAAUAGGGAAAGCUCACAUCGAGAAGGUACACGUGCCCGCUCGGCCCUACAGAAUGCUCAACAACCUUGUGUUCAACAAGAAAAUAGACUUUAAUGAAGAUCUUUCAGGGUUAACUGAAAUGUUCAAGACUCCAGCCAAAGAGAAGCCACAAACAAUGAGCCUAUGUCCCAAGGCUUUUUCAAAUUCAGAGGACUUCAUCGGAAAGGAGUUUGAAGUACCCAAUUCGGGAGAAAAACCUCCGCUGUGCACUUCAGUAAAUUUUGGAGAAAAUGUAUUCUGCAUGACUCAGAGUAAAUCGCAAGAGCCAUCCGAUCACAGUCCUGCCAGCCCUGCCCUCAGAAGACCGGCUAUUAGAGUAAACGCAAACAUCGAGAAGACUCCAGGGUCGGAAGCAGAGCCUCUGAAGGUGGCAUCAAGUGCAAACAGGUUUCGAAGGUCCACGGAGCUCGGAAACACACAGAUGCCAGGUUCAGGGCAUAGCAACGAAGAAGCAAACACAGACACUGCUGAGAACAUGUCAGGGCGACGUCUGAGGAAAACUCCACAGCGAGGACAGAAACCAGAGGGAGCGACUGAGGAACAAGAGAGCUGUUUUGACACAUGUGAGAAGGCUUUCAAAUCAGAAGGUAGUUCUGAAAAGAUGGUGGCUAUGAGGAGAUCGAGAAGAUAUUCAGAGCAAAGAUGGGAUCCAAUAGCCAACCUGACCACCCUCAAGAGACAGCAGGACACAGAACCCAAGGAAGACCUGGGGGGCAUCCAAAAUCUCCCCCAAACCCCCACUCACGCCCAGGAACCAAUGGACUUGGGAAACAAAACCACAGAAAAGUGCAAGAAAUCUUCAAAACUAGAACUAGUUGGCGUGCAAGCCAGGAUGAACAUAGAGCUGAAGACCCCUCCCCAUAAAGUGGACCUAGAGGAAGAGCCCUCAGCUCUCAGGAAGUCCAUGCAAAUGCCAGGGGAAAACAUCCCUGUGCCCGGAGAACCAGAAGAUGGUGAUGAAGACAUCAAAUUGUUUAACAGAACUCCAAAGCAGAAAGUGCACUCUGCAGAUAAUGUCACUGGAAGCAAGAGACGGUCAAGAACUCCCAAGAGAAAUGCCCCGUCCAUAGAAGACCUGGCUGACCUCAGGGAGCUCUUCCAAACUCCAAACCACACAGAAAGACCAAGGACUGACAGCAAAACCACCAAAGUCCCUUGCAAAUCUCCACUAGCAGAUCCGGUCAACACGCCAACAAGCAGAAAGAGGCAGCUCAAGACCCCUCUCCAGAAAGUGGACCUAGAGGAAGAGUCCUCAGCUCUCAGGACGCCCACCCGAGCGCCAGGGGAAAGCAUUCCUUCACACGGAGAACCAGGAGGUGGUGAUGAAGACAUCAAAUUGCUUAACAGAACCCCGAAGCAGGAAGUGCACUCUGCAGRAAAUGUCACUGGAAGCAAGAGGCGGUCACAAACCUCCAAGAGAGAUGCCCCGUCCUUAGAAGACCUGGCUGGUCUCAGGGAGCUCUUCCAAACUCCAAACCACACAGAAAGACCAAGGACUGACAGCAAAACCACCAAAGUCCUUUGCAAAUCUCCACUAGCAGAUCCAGUCAACACACCAACAACUAGAAAGAGGCAGCUCGAGACCCCUCCCAAGAAAGUGGACGUAGAGAAGGAGCCCUCAGCUCUCAGGAAGCCCACCCGAACACCAAAGAAAGCCAUGCCCUCACACAGAGAACCAGGAGGUGCUGAUGAAGACAUCUGCUUGUUCAAGGAAACUCUGAAGCAGAAAAUGACCCCUGCAGAAAAUGUCACUGGAAGCAAGAGGCGGUCAAGAACACCCAAGAAAAUGGUCCAUUCCUUAGAAGAACUGGCGGGCCUCAAAGAGCUCUUCCAAACCCCAGAGCACACCCAGGACCCAGUGACUGAUGACAGAACCACCACACCCCCCUGCAAAUUGCCACUAGCAGAUCGAGUCAACAUACCAACAAGUAGAAGAAGGCAGCUCAAGACCCCUCCCCAGAAAGAGGACAUAGAGGAAGAGCCCUCAGCUCUCAGGAAGUCCACCCAAAUGUCAGGGGAAAGUGUGCCCUUAUACAAAGAACCAGGAGAUGGUGAUGAAGACGUAAGAUUGUUUAAGAGAAGUCCGAAGCAGAAAGUGCACUCCUCAGAAAAUGUAACUGGGAGCAAGAGGCGGUCAAGAACACCCAAGAAAAUGGUCCAGUCCUUAGAAGACCUGACUGGCCUCAGAGAGUUCUUCCAAACACCAAACCACACAGAUAAACCAAUGACUAAUGACAAAACCACCAAAGCCCCCUGCAAAUCUCCACUAGCAGAUCCAGUCAACACACCAACAAGUAAAAGGAGGCAGCUCAAGACCCCUCCCCUGAAAGGAGACCUAGAGAAAGAUCUCAGGAAGCCCACCCAAACACCUGGGGAAAGCACACACUCACACGGAGAACCAGGAAGUGGUGAUGAAGACAUCAAAUUGUUCAAGGAAACCCCAAAGCAGAAGAUGACCCCUGCAGAAAAUGUAACUGGCAGCAAGAGGCGGUCAAGAACAUCCAAGAGAAAUGCCCCGUCGUUAGAAGACCUGGCUGGUCUCAGGGAGCUCUUCCAAACUCCAAACCACACAGAUAAACCAAUGGCUGAUGACAAAACCACCACAGUCCCCGGCAAAUCUCCACUACCAGAACCAGUCAGCACACCAACAAGUAGGAGGCGUCAGUUCAAGACCUCUCCCCAGAAAGUGGACCUAGAAAAGGAGCCCUCAGCUCUCAGGACGCCCACCCGAGCGCCAGGGGAAAGCAUUCCUUCACACGGAGAACCAGGAGGUGGUGAUGAAGACAUCAAAUUGUUUAACAGAACCCCGAAGCAGGAAGUACACUCUGCAGAAAAUGUCACUGGAAGCAAGAGGCGGUCACGAACACCCAAGAGAAAUGCCCCGUCCKUAGAAGACCUGGCUGGCCUCAGGGAGCUCUUCCAAACUCCAGAGCACACCCAGGACCCAGUGACUGACGACAAAACCACCGAAGUCCCCUGCAAAUCUCCACUAGCCGAUCCAGUCCACAAGCCAACAAGUAGGAGGCAGCUCAAAACCCCUCCCCAGAAAGUGGACCUAGAGGAAGAGCCCUCAGCUCUCAGGAAGUCCAUGCAAACGCCAGGGGAAAACAUCCCUGUGCCCGGAGAACCAGAAGAUGGUGAUGAAGACAUCAAAUUGUUUAACAGAACCCCGAAGCAGGAAGUGCACUCUGCAGAAAAUGUCACUGGAAGCAAGAGGCGGUCACGAACCUCCAAGAGAGAUGUCCCGUCCUUAGAAGACCUGGCCGGCCUCAGAGAGCUCUUCCAAACUCCAAACCACACAGAAAAACUAAUGGCUGAUGACAAAACCACCACAGUUCCCAGCAAAUCUCCAUUAGCAGAUCCAGUCAGCACACCAAUGAGCAAAAGGAGGCGGCUCAGGACCCUUCCCCAGAAAGUAGAUCUAGAGGAAGAGCCCUCAGCUCUCAGGAAGUCCACCCGAACUCUAGGGGAAAGUGUGCCCUCACACAGAGAACCAGGAGGUGGUGAUGAAGACAUCAGGUUGUCUAAGGAAACUCCAAGGAAGAAGCUAGACCGCGUAGAAAAUGUAAGCAGAAGCAAGAAGGGGAUAAGAACGGGUAAGGAAAAGGCCCAAUUCCUAGAAGACCUGGUCGGUUUUAAAGAGCUCUUCCAAACCCCAGAGCACACCCGGGAACCAACAGCUCUUGUCAAAAGCACAGUAACGCCGGGCAGAUCUCCUCUGGCAGAAACAGUCAACACAGCACCCCAGAGGAAGACGUGUCGGAAGAUGCCUCAGGGGACGGCGGACUCCGAGAGAGAGCUCGCACCUCUCGGGGAGCCCAUCCAAACGCCAGCAGAAGCCACACUCACACACGGAGAGCCGGGAGGCGGUGAAGAAGUCAUUCGCUUCUUCAAGGAAACCCCAAAGCAGAAGAUGAACCCUGCCGAAAAUGUCACUGGAAGCAAGAGGCGGUCAAGAACACCCAAGAGAAAUUCCCCGUCCUUAGAAGACCUGGCUGGCCUCAGGGAGCUCUUCCAAAGCCCAGAGCGCCCCCAGCACCCAGUGACUGAUGACAAAACCACAGUCCCCUGCAAGUCACCACUAGCAGACCCAGUCCACAAGCCAAUGAGUAGAAGGAGGCGACUCAAGACCUCUCCCCAGAAAGUGGACAUAAAGCAAGAGCCGUCAGCUCCCAGGAAGUCCACCCGAACGCGGGGGGCAAAGGCACACUCGGGCAGAGAAGCAGGAGGCCCCGCGGAAGACAUCGAACUGUUGGGUAAGACUGUGAAGCGGGAAGUGCGUUCUGCAGAGAAUGGAGCCGGAAGCAAGAGGGGGUCAAGAACAUCCAAGAGAGAUGCCCCGUCCUUAGACCUGGCCGGCCUCGGGGAGCACUCCCAAACCCCAGAGCACACCCAGGACCCAGUGACUGACGACAAAACCACCACAGUCCCCGGCAAAUCGCCACUAGCAGAUCCAGUCCACAGACCAACAAGUAGAAGGAGGCAAGUCAAGACCCCUCCCCAGCAGGCAGACGUGGGGCGAGAGCCGUCAGCUCUGCGGAUGUCCACCCGACGGCGGGGGCCAAGUGCCGUCUCCGGCCAAGAACCCCCCGGUAGCGACGGAGACGUCACACGCGUGAAUGACACCGCAAAGCAGACCCUGAGCCCUGCAGAGAACGGAAUGCUCCGGAAAAGUCGGCUAAGAGCGCCUAAGGAAAAGGCCCCGCCCCUGGAAGACCUGGCCAGUUCCCCGGAGCCAUCCCCCGGGCCGGAUCCCAGCGAGGAAGCGGGAGAGGACGCAGGUGGCGGUGGGGCCGCUCCCGUGCACCCUCCAGGCGGGAGGAAAGCUGUGAGCGUUCGGCAGAGAAGCCUCAGGUUCCGUCGGGCAACAGCGGAGGAAGACCCGGGGCACCGGAGAGAGCCCGUCGGGUCUGGGAGGGAAGGCGGCGCUUCCCCGCCCUCCGAGAGGGAAGGAGGAACCAAGGAAGGUUCGAUGGGAACAAAGAGGCUGCGCUCUGGGACCGCUGCCCAGGACGCGACGGAGGAGAAGCCGCCCCAGAAGAGGAGGAGGGCAGCUCCCCGCGAGGGCUGUGACCCACCUGAGCCCCUGACAGUGAAGAAGAGGCUGAGGGUCGUGGCAGAGCGGAUGCGACUCCCGGGAGACCCUCCAAGGAGCAGCAGGGAGGCUACGCCAAGGGCAGGAGAAGCGGCGGGCAAGACCCCGAGCCAUCAGGGAAGGUCCCUGCGCUCUAGGCGUCCAAAUAAAACCGAGGCAGAAGAGACAAGACCCGAGCCUGUUGUAACGGCGACAGAAAAGCCGAAAACAAAAAGAAGUGACAAGAAGCCCUUGAAGACGUCCCAAGAGACAGCAUUACAAAGCCCAGAAGACGGGGCCAAGCAUGCGGCAUCUGGGAGCAAAGCCCGGGAAAGCAGAAUAUGUCUGAGGUCUGCGAGACCCACUAAGAUGCCCUCGCCGGACGUAGCCGAGGAGAAGCAAAGGGAGAAAAGAGUGGGUGUCCGGGAGAAGAAGCAGGAGGAAGAAGUAAGGCAACCUUCAGACCCCAUGCGUUUGAGAUCUAGAAAAAUCACAGUCCCUCCCGGAGGAAAGGCUUUGGAGAGUGAACCCCAGCAGAGGGUAACUCGGAAUGCCAAGAGAUGCGCUGAAAAUAUAAAAAAGGAUGAUGACAAUGUGUGUAUCAAGAAAUUAAGAACCAGAAGUCGUCAGGACAACGAAGAUAUUUAGCUGAGAAGUUGAAAAGGGAAAAAAAAACUAAUAAGUGCAGUCUAGUGAUAUAUUCUAGUAUGGUAUUUGGGUAAAUAUGAAAGGGAAUUUUGUAAAUAAUGCUAUUCGGGUGUUUAAGGAAAGAAUUUUCUCUCUCCGAGUGGUCUAUUCAUAAAGGCCACAUGGAGGUCACGAAGAGGACUGCUGGUCUCAUAAAGUGACAAAAAUAUCAAACUUGGCUUGGGGACGGGUGGGGGCGGGGAUUGGGACCCAGAAUAAUGCAGUGAAAUGAAGCUGUGACGUUUGUCACCCCCGUCCGUCCUUGUCAGCCCCACACGCCAGCACUUGCCCGCGCUGCUCUGUAAAUGCUUUCUGUUGGCCCGUGUCCCGCAUCAGAAUGUGAAAGCAGGGGCUUCUGUCCCUAGUCCCCAGCCCUGGGCAGGAACUCAGGAAACGCAAAUGAACGGGCCGAUGAACAAACUCCUCGGCUAUUUUUUUACCGGGUCGGGGCGGGGGGGACACACUGGGUCCACUCACAAGGGCUGUUGGUCCCCUGUAUGGGACAGUCCCAUUCUCAGGGUUCUCGCCAUGGAAGGGAACACGCGUGGGGCCUGGAGGAGGCUGGUGGCCCCAGCUGCAGGGUGUAGGGGUCACUGGUGUCUUACAUUUUCCGCUUCAAGCAUGUCUCUCUGACCUGGGACUGCUCACAUCUGAGAAGGCACCCGGCGCUGAGUCCCGGGGCCGUGGGCCAGGGUGCCCCUCAGCUCUGAAUGGUCAUAGCUCUCCUAGCUUUUCGCAUU